CAGGUCCACCAUCCCAGGGAUCCCAUCCCUUCCGCAGGGCCCUGGCGGGCACAGCCAGAACCCACACACUCGAGCUCCAGGCUGGCUACUCAUUGCGAGGGCGGGAGGGCCCUUCACAAGCCACUGAUGCCUACACCUGGGGGUGUCUGGAACGCCCCAACCCCCACACACAACGCUCGCACGCAUGCGCCACCACGCCUGUCCCCGAUCCUACCUGCCCAGGGCCAGCUUCUAGGUCAGGCCCGGGCACGACUUCCCGGGAGAACCAGCACAGGUGCUGCAGGCCGGGCUCAGCUGAGCAGCUUGGGGUGUGCGGUGGCCAUGGCCUGGGGACUGUGGGGCAGGGCCCGAGGGGGCCCUGUGGGGGCUCUAACCCUGUCGGCUCUGGCUGAAGGCAUCCAGGCCAACCAAGGACAGACCCCGGGUCGCUCUUCUGCUGGCCCUCAGCCUGAACGUGCGCUUGAACCUGAGGUGGAGCCUCGGAGUGCAAGUGCCAUCCCCCCAGCCGGUAGGGAGCCCUGCCCCUCGCCCAGGGGGCAAGGUCCUGCCCCUGAGGGACCCCACCAGGAACCCCAGAGUUCCUGGGAAGAGGGGGCGCUAGCUGACCUGGCCUUGUACACGGCUGCCUGCCUGGAAGAGGCUGGCGUUGCAGGGACCCAAGCAACAGCGCUCAUGCUGUCCUCCGCUCUGGAGGCCCGGGGGGAGCAUCUGGAGGACAACGUGUAUGCCCUGGUGCGAGGGCUGCUGGCGCAGGUGCCCAGCUUGGCCCAAGGGAGGCCCCGGCAGGCGGCUCUGCGGGUGCUGAGCGCACUGGCCCUGGAGCAUGCGCGGGAAGUGGUGUGUGCGCUGCUCCCAAGCUCGCUGCCCCCCGACCGGGCAGCCGCCGAGCUGUGGCGCAGCCUGAGCCGGAACCAGCGCGUAAACGGGCAGGUGCUGGUCCAGCUGCUGUGGGCGUUGAGGAACGAAGCCGGGCCUGAGCUGGAGGCGCUGGCGGCCACUCGGGCCCUCGGGGAGAUGCUGGCUGUGUCUGGCUGCGUGGGUGCCACUCGGGGCUUCUACCCACACCUCCUGCUCGUGCUGGUCACGCAGCUACACCGGCUGGCGCGGCGUGUGCGCUCCCCGGACGCCCCUAAGGUGCAGGCCCCAUGGCACCGAGGGCCCCCGCACAGCCACGUCAGCUGUGCUGUGGAAGCCUUGAAGGCUCUGCUCACCGGGGAUGGUGGCCGCAUGGUGGUCACGUGCAUGGAGCAGGCCGGGGGCUGGAGAAGGCUGGUGGGAGCCCACACCCACCUAGAAGGUGUCCUGCUGCUGGCCAGUGCCAUGGUGGCCCACGCUGACCACCACCUGCGGGGCCUUUUUGGGAACGUGCUGCCCCAGCUGCGCAGCCCCGACGACACGCAGCGCCUUACGGCCAUGGCCUUCUUCACGGGGCUGUUGCAGAGCCGGCCCACAGCAGGCCUCCUGAGGGAGGAGAGCAUCCUGGAGCGGCUCUGCGCCUGGCAGGGCGACCGCGAGCCCACUGUGCGCUGGCUGGGCCUGCUGGGCCUGGGCCACCUGGCGCUGAACCGCGGCAAGGUGCGGCACGUGAGCAGGGUGCUGCCCGCACUGCUGGGCGCGCUGGGCGAGGGCGACGCGAGGCUCGUGGACGCCGCGCUGGGCGCCCUGCGAAGGCUCCUGCUGCGGCCUCGGGCUCCCGUGCGGCUGCUGAGCGCCGAGCUGGGGUCCCGCCUCCCGCCGCUGCUGGACGACGCCCGGGACUCGGUGCGCGCCUCGGCCGUCGGGCUUCUGGGGACGCUGGUGCGGCGGGGCCGGGGCGGGCUCCGGGUGGGGCUCCGCGGCCCCCUGCGGAAGCUGGUGCUCCGGAGCCUAGUCCCUCUGCUGUUGCGCCUGCAAGAUCCCAGCCGGGACGCUGCUGAGAGUUCAGAGUGGACCCUGGCCCGCUGUGACCAGGCCUUGCAUUGGGGCCUGCUGGAGGACAUGGUCACGGUGGCCCACUACGACAGCCCUGAGGCCCUAAGCCGCAUCUGCCACUGCCUGGUGCAGCAGUACCCGAGUCACGUACCCAGCUUCCUGAGCCAGACCCAGGGCUACCUGCGGAGCCCACAGGACCCCUUGCGCUGGGCAGCGGCCGUGCUCCUAGGCUUCCUCAUCCACCACACGUGCCCGGGCUGCAUCAGCCAGGACCUGCUGGACUCCCUGUCGCAGGACCUGGAGCAGCUGCAGAGUGACCCGGAGCCCGCCGUGGUGGCCGCCGCCCACGUGUCCGCCCAACAGGUGGCGCUGCUGACCCACGCACAGGCCCGGCCCCGCAGCCUGCGACUCCUCCCAGAGGGCCUCUGGCCCCAGCCCUGCCCCCGCCGGCCCCCACCGGCCUUCGACAACAGCCCGUUCCAGCCCCGCAGCUUCAUAGGCCGCUGGGGCUGCGUGGGACCUGGCUGAGCCCAAACGGAGCCAGCCCGGAGGGUGCCUGGGGCCAAGUCAGGCUCUGGCCAGUAUGGCCAGGGCGGGUCUGCAGAGGAGGCCCACAGGAGUGCUGGUGGGCAGCCUGGGCCUGGUCCUGGGUGCACACACACCCUCCCCGUCCAGGAGCGCUCCGCCCGGCAGCCUCGGGGCCUAGGACAGCGGUGCCUCUUGUCCCAGCAACAGCUUGUUCUCAGCCUCCUAUGCCUCUUGCACCCUGGACGGCACCCUGCCUCGCAAGCUGGGGUCUGGUGGGGACAUCGUGAAACUGGCCUGACCCUGGGAGCCGGCGCCACCAUAGGCUGCCUGCUUUCUGGGCCUGCGCACAGCCCGGCUCGGCCUCCCCGGCCCAUCUGGGCUCUCCUCCCCAGCAGCCCCUCAACCCCCGUCCCCCGUCCCGUGUCCCAGUCCUCACUGGCCUGUCUCCGUGCCCCCACCCCAUUCCUGCUUAUCGUGUCACACCACCUGAGCCUUCUCCUGGUUUCCCCUGACGUCCCCGCUGGAGGCUUGGGACGACACCUGUGGCUUCAGGUGUGAGGUACCACUGUCAGCACCCCACCAGGCCGGGCCCUCACACCGGCUCUCCAGCGCCCUGCGUGGGCUUGGACGAGGACAGCACGACUGGACAUGCAGGGAGGAAGGCCCUCUGGAAGCCCGGCUCCUCCAGAACGCCUACCUUGAACUAUUCUCUCUCCCGCCUCAGAGAGGCCUUGGCUCACAGCCUCUUGGGGGGCUGAGAGCAAUCCUCCCAGUCUGGAGACCCCUUGGGGCCCUGUGGGAAGUGUUUAAAAUAAACACAGGUGGAUGAAA